GAUGGCUGCCUUCUCGGAGCUGACGCUGAACCAGGGCUGCGACAUUGAUUGGAGGCAUGGCGGAUACGAGAGCCCGGUCUGUGAGGUCAAGGGCAGGGAGCGACGCCAACGAGGUCCAGGUGGAAGUGGGUCCAGAGAGCUGAGACACGACGGACAGCGAGCUUGAAGGCUGGUUGAAAGUGCCCCGUACACCUUACCAUGGAAAGGCUGGUCCUCUCCCUGCUGGCGAUGGGCGUUGCGGUCAAGGCCAUGAUGUGCCCCCCGCGGUGCCGGUGCCAGACCCUCUCCCCUUCCUUCACCAUCCUCUGCACCAAGACUGGGCUGCUGUUUGUGCCCCCGGGCAUUGACCGGCGCACGGCCGAGCUCCGCCUGAUGGACAACUUCAUCACCAGCCUGCGGCGGAAGGACUUCGCCAACAUGACGAACCUGAUCCACUUGACGCUGUCCCGGAAUACAAUCAGCCAGAUAAUGCCUUACACCUUUUUUGAUCUCAAAGGCCUUCACGCGUUACACCUGGACAGUAACCGACUCACCUACAUCAGCGAGGAUCACUUCAAGGGGUUGAUCAAUCUUCGCCACUUAAUCCUGAGUAAUAACCAACUCCACUACAUCUCGCCGGGCGCUCUGGAUGAUUUCAUUGAAACCAUUGAGGACUUGGACCUAUCCUAUAAUAAUCUUGUUCACGUUCCCUGGGACACAAUCGGGAGGCUUUCGAAUGCCAACACCAUCAGCCUGGAUCAUAACCUCAUUGAUUUUGUACCGGAAGGGGUCUUCUCCGACCUCCACAAACUGGCCCGGCUAGACAUGACCUCCAACAAACUGAAAAAGAUCCCGCCGGACCCCCUUUUCUCCCGCAUCCCUGUCUACGCCAAGCCCAAGGGCUCCCCCCUCUCCUCCCUGGUGCUGAGCUUUGGGGGCAACCCCCUCCACUGCAACUGUGAACUCGUGUGGCUCCGGAGGCUCACCCGGGAGGAUGACCUGGAGACCUGCGCCUCGCCGCCGGAGUUGUCGGGUAAGUACUUCUGGACGAUUCGAGAGGAGGAGUUUGUUUGCGAUCCCCCCAUGAUCACACACCGAACCCCCAAACAGGUGGUCCUGGAAGGGCAGAGCGUCUCCUUGAAGUGCAAAGCCGUGGGCGACCCCGAGCCGUACGUCCGCUGGAUCUCGCCCGGGGGGAAGCUGGUCUCCAACACUUCCCGAACUGUCUCCUACGAGAACGGGACCUUGGAUAUUUUGGUGGCUUCCGUGGAGGAGAAAGGGGAAUUCACGUGCAUCGCAUCCAACGCAGCAGGUGUGUCCACCGCCCCGGUCGAACUCAUGGUCAAGCCGUACCCUCAGCUGGCUAACAGCACAAACUGCGAGAAGGAAGCGGAUCCGGCCCCCUCGGACAUCCUUAUUUCGGCCAAGUCAAGCUUCCCGAAUGAAACCAAAUCUCUGCCCGAGAGGAAGGUUGUGGUGGCCGAGCUGACCUCUUCCUCCGCUCUCAUCCAGUGGCCUUCUCAGCUCCACCUUCCGGGAAUCCGGAUGUUCCAGAUCCAGUACAACACCUCAGCUGAUGAGAUCCUGGUGUACAGGAUGAUUCCGGCGGCCAGCAAGUCCUUCUUCCUGACCGAUCUGGUGGCCGGGCGGGACUACGACCUUUGCGUCCUUGCCGUUUAUGACGACGGGAUGACCUCCCUGACGGCCACCAUGGUGGUCGGGUGCGUGCAGUUCACCACGGAGGAGGAGUACCGGCAGUGCCGAUCCCUCCACGCCCAGUUCCUGGGCGGGACCAUGAUCAUCAUCAUCGGAGGCAUCAUCGUGGCUUCGGUGCUCGUGUUCAUCUUCAUCCUCCUGAUGAAAUACAAAGUUUACGCCAGCCACCACAAAAACAAAAGCACGAAAAUGAGCCACGUCUGCUCCCAGACGAACGGCGGCGGCCACGGCGGCUCGGUUGCCCACGCCGGAUCCAAAACGGCCGAAGGGCUCCAGUCGCAGGAAUGUCCGCAGGGGCCGCCCCUCAGAGGCAAAAGCCUGCUCAGUUUGGAGUGCGAGCGAGCGGCACCCACGGACGCGGCCGUUUCGAGAAGCGAAGGCUUCCUCCAAGAGGCGCACUGAGUCUCCCCCCACCCCCCGGGGUGCCGUGCAAGAACUGAUGGGGUUGUAUUUUAAGCUCCACUACUAUUGUCUAUUUUUAAGAUCAGAUGGUUUAAAAAAAAACUAUUUUUUUAAUCUGUAAAAGGUCCUGCAUUCUUAACUAUUUUUGUUGCACUAUAUUAAAUAUAAAGUGUGUGAUUUCCAAGGAUUUUUUAUUUGUUUUUACACAGUAACGCCUGCUGUCGGGUGCAAACAGGUCCUGGCGACGGCCUCAGUUGGGGCAAUUCGCCCCCUAGUACGUAUCGGCCCAGUUCAGGAGAGACCGGGAGGGGGGGGUCCCUUCAGCAUUGGGGGGGGACUUCCUUCCCACCAGGCUGGCAUGUACGGAACUGGAGCCAGAGGUUGUGGCAGCGCCACGGUGCCCUACUCCUCUAGAGCAGCUUAUUAGGGAGUCGGACCCUUCAGUCCCCACUGAGAUCCCACCACCUUCACCUUUAGGAUUAUAGCCAGGCAAGAUGACCUGCGCAAGAAUAACGCUUGAAGCUUGGCCUCUUUUUUUCCUCCACCCACCUGGUGCCAUGACUUUCCACCCCCUUCUUUCCAUUUUUUUUCGCAACUGGUCCUGGUGGGAACAAUGCUCUUGGCAGGAAGGAGGGCGUUUUCUGCUGGAGGGCGAGCAUCUGGGACCCCCUUUAGCAACAGGAUAAACACACUGGCAGGGGAAUCCCAUGCACCCGUGGGUUCUCGUCAGCUUUUGGACAGGUCUCUCGGGUUAUGUUAAAUAAACACCUCCCAUUAAUAUG